AUUGGGGCAACUUCACAGCUGAAUGUUAUCAAACAUUGAGCAUUCCUAAACAUGACAGGAAAAAGCUUAGGGCUGAGAGGUGGGGUGGGGCAGCCCUACCUCUGCUAUAAAAGUGUAGUUCCAGCUUCUGUUAUUUCCAUGUUGCACAAGUCAUUAGAACUGGAGAACUCAAAAUAGGGUACCUGCAAAGAUGGAAGACUUUUACAGGUUGUUCAACUUACUAACGACCUUGAAACUGCAGAUUCUCCUCUUCCCCCUCAUCCUUUUCUGUAAGCAAGACCCUGUUCACAUCGUCAAACAUGGCUCAUCAUCACUCUUACCUUUUUACUAGCUUUUACUAUUGGUGAAGCUAAAGUGAGACUACAAACAAACAAACAAACACCUCCAUUGCAAAAUGUGCUGCUGGCUUUUUCAAUGCGUCAGGGCUUUUAAAAUGUUCUCUAGUGCCACCAUUUGGGCAAAGCAGGAAGCGAUACUUAAAACAGGAGCAAACACUUUUAUGCAUUGUAAUUGAAUGUUGCAAGAUUUGGAACUUUAUUUGUUCACGCUUUCUAAACUCAAAAAGUCUGUUAGAAACUAUGUAUAUGCUCAGAUGAGCAAAUGUUGAAAUUGCGAGAGAGACAAAGCGUGCUGCAUUCGCUCUUUGUGCUUUUUUUUUUUUUGGUGGUGCAUUCACUUUCCAGUUGCGUUCUGUUCUGAAAAAAAAGUCAAAUACAAAUUCCCCCCCCCUUGCACUUUCAGUUAUGCUUAGGUAUAUCUGGUUCAGCCUGAUAGAGGUUCGCUAAACACCUGAGCGUACCUGAACUUACUUUCUGGUUAACCCAGAACAUCUAAGCAUCAGUUUGUACUACCUUACCAUGGAUACUGGUCUGUUGUGCAGCUGCUGGUGGGAAGUUAUCUGGCCUAAUUAUGAAGAAAAAGCCAAAUAACUUAAUGUCAGAAACUGCAAGAGAACUUUGAGUAAACAUAGCUAGGAAAGUACUGAUAGCCCCAUUAUGCAAGCUUGUCUUGCCUAUACUGUAUUCUGAUUCUUUUCCUCAUUAGCAAGUUACUUAAAAAAAAACAACCAGCCUGGUUUUUAAGAACAUAGGUACCUUUUAUUUCUUCCUCAUUUGAUUCUCAGGGACACAAUAUUAUUUCAGAGUUGGCAGUAAUAGUGGUGAGCUGCUGGUCAUUUUCAGGCUUCCUUUGGGAGGGAAAGGAAAGAGACAUCUAUCACAGAGGGUCACAGUCAAGGAACGUGCUUUCCAGAGCUUCCAGGAUGCAUUCUUUCUUGUUUGGCCUGGCUCUACACUUGGCAAGGAGUCCGCUUCAAUCUUAAUUGCCAUGGAGAUGCAAACUCAACAAGGCUGUCAGACCAAGAUAGUAAAAGAAUAAAGGCCUGGUAAGGAAACAUUUUAUGGCUCUUUGAUUAACUUCUUUUAAAAAAAUAAAUAUUUAUAAACGCUAUUUUAAAAUGGCAAAACCAGACAAUUAUGUACGAGUAUAAAAGAAACAGGAUGACGCCAAUAUCUGUUGAAAUGAAAUUGGAUGACCUUUUCUGAAUGUUGGAACAGCAACUGGAAGUAUUCUGAUGUACAAAUUUGUUUUUAUUAUAAGAGCACUGAACUUACUGCAAUUUAUUUUAUAGGUUGUAAUCUUGUGCACUCCUGUUUACCUAGGAGUAAGCUCCACUGAACUCAAUGGGGCUUACUUCUGAGUAGAUAUGUACAGAAUUGUGCAGUUAAGAGAGUAAGAAAACCUUCAUAGUCAGAUCUUUAUUUUCUCUCAGGCUAGAUCCUUCUUUAAUCCCUCAAUUCAACCCAUUCCAGCUUCAGGGAUCUGAUACCACUCUGGUGUUGUGGGAGUAUGUUCCCAAAACAGAGUCCCUUUGACCAUUUUUAGGAAAGAGUAGUAAUGUUCAUUAGUCAUGCUUUGCCUUUUAACCAUUACAUUGUUUAGCCUUGAAACAUUAUUCAAUACUUACUCAGAGGCUCUGCUGAUUAACAAACAAGCAUAGACAGAGCUGUGAUAAGAACAACACACUCCCCCAUCCAAUAUAAUAUUUAUGAAUUGUGCUAAUUGGACAGCAUACAUAUCUGCUCCCAGAAUGCAUGUGAUUAAAAAUUGGAAUUCUAGCAAGCUUUGGGAUUUGUCAUGAGACUACAGUGUAGGUUAAAUAAUUGUUAUUGGGAGAGAAAAAGAGCCACAUAAUUCAAUUUUUAUGUAGUACCUCCCUUCUCUCUCUAUUCUUUUAAUUCCCAGUUCAAACCAUAUCCCUCCCAUAAAGUGUUUUUGGUCUUAACGCUUUAACCAUCAACAUAGCUAAAAUUAAAAACAAGUACAUUCAAUUGUGCUAGCUCCCAGUACCCAUCCUAAAGCUGUCCAUUGACUCUAAGCUUAAUAUGGUAAAUUUCUCAGGUCAGGGGGAAUUCUGCUCUUCUGCUUAUGCAAGUAUAAAGAGUCACAUAUAUGAAUGCCUUUAUAAUAAAUGAUAAUCUGAGGCAUUCCCCACUUGCCCAAGCAGUGAGAACUAGUAGGAACGGCAUUAUCAGGGCUUAUCUUCCUUUGGGGAAGAGAUAACUGGAAGCGAAUGCCAUAUUGUAGUAUUUGGUUUACUUGAAGAUAUACACAAGUAGAGCAUAAGUGGAAGAGUGUAGACCAGGGGUAGUCAACCUUUUUAUGCCUACCACCCACUAAUGCAUCUUUCUUGAUGGUAAAAUUUUCUUCCCACCCACCAGUACUCGAUGGAAGGAGGAUUCAGCUUGUGCCGUAGAACCUCCUACUGCCCAUCUAGAAUCCUGAAACUGGGCAGUAGGGACCAGGUUGACAACCCCUGGUGUAGACAAUACUGAGCUAGGGGGACCAAUGGUAUGACUUGGAAUAAGGCAGCUUUCCUAUGUUCUUGUGAUGAAGGCAAACAGUAUACACAUUAAAAAAAUUCCUUUCAGUAGCACCUUAGAGACCAACUAAGUUUGUUCUGGGUAUAAGCUUUCGUGUGCACACUUCUUCAGAUACAAAUUCUGAAUUGAAGAAUCUGAAAAAGUGUGCAUGCACACGAAAGCUUAUACCCAGAACAAACUUAGUUGGUAUCUAAGGUGCUACUGGACAUUUUAUUUAUUUUGACUGCGUCAAACCAACAUGGUUACCUACCUGAAUCUAGUACAGUGGUACCUCGGGUUAAGUACUUAAUUCGUUCCAGAGGUCCGUUCUUAACCUGACACUGUUCUUAACCUGAAGCACCACUUUAGCUAAUGGGGCCUCCUGCUGCCACUGUGCCGCCGGAGCACGAUUUCUGUUCUCAUCCUGAAGCAAAGUUCUUAACCCAAGGUACUAUUUCUGGGUUAGCAGAGUCUGUAACCUGAAGCGUAUGUAACCCGAGGUGCCACUGUACACACAUUGCUACCAGGGAGCUCUCAGAAAAGAGGCACACUGCUCCACAAGAUACAGCCUGCUAGAUUGAGCCAAAGGCCCAUAUAUCCAGCAUCCUAUUUUCACAAAGGUCAAGUAGGACUUGAGCACACCAGCACUCUCACAUAACUCGAUCAUUUAUGAACAGGUCUUAAUACCAAUCCUUGGGAGGACUCCACUUUCAACAUCCCUCCCAUUGGGGGAACCAUUUAUUCCCACUCUCUGCUUCUUGUUUUUUUAAAAACCUUCUGCCUCACAUCAAAAAUUUUUAUUUUGUUAUGGCCUCUCUCUCACAGGCACCUCUCCAAAUUCUGGGUGGUGGUUAUUUUUUCUUUCCAAACACAUUCAAAAGAGAUCUGCAUCAACAAACCCAUCUUUUAACAAUGAACUCCUGUAAAAAGACAUCCACUGCAUCAUUAAGGGCUAUUAACAUUCUUUUGUCAAACCCCACCCAAAUGGAAAUCAGGCUUUGCUUUUAAAAGAGCCACCUAUACAGUAAUCAGGUGGCAAUCUAGCAACAAUAUUAUUGUGGAUUGCUGAACUAGGCUUCCCCCCCUUUUCUUAGAUAGCUAGCGUUCAUUAUCCUUAAAUAAAAUAUUCAGCUGAAAAUAGUGGGUCAUGUGUUGUUGUAGCUGGGGCUCUAUGAGUUAAUCACUAGGCUGCUGCUGAAAUACUUCUAUAGUAACUUUAGUACAGGGUUAUAUGGAACAAUGUAUAGAACUGUAGUAUCGUUUUAUCAGUGUAUAUGGCAAAGUAUCAGCAUAAUGCAUUUAUAGCCCAAUCAUAUGCAUAUUUUUUUAAAAAAAUAAUAAUUCUAUCUCAUCUUUCAACAACAAGGGUUUAGGGCAUCUUACAACAACUCUAAAAUACAUUUUCCAAUAAAAUCUCAGCAACAACACACGUAACAGAGAACCGAAAGAAACAGGUGCCAUCAGCACCAGAAACUGUUCCGGUAGAAGAAUAAUCAAGGCAGUGUACACACACCAUACAUGGCUCCCCCCAAAGAAACCUGGGAAUUUUUGUUUACUUUUCACAGAGUUACAAUUCCCAGCACCAUUUAUAAAAACUACAGUUCCCAACAUUAUUUGGAGUAAACCACAUUCUUUAAAUAUAUGGUGUGCAUGCAGCCAGUGAUGAGCACUGAAUGGUGAAACAGGAAUGCCUUCAUUGCUCAUCUUAACGCCCAGACAUAAGGAUCCAGUUGGGCUUCCCAAGGGAAGGAGAAUUCCGUAGCUGUGUUGCUGCUACCAGGAAGACCAUUGACUUCAAUGGCCCUAUCUAAGCCUAACUCAGGAAAAGGGGAGAAUGAAGCUAAGAGUCAAUUAGGAUUAACAGGGAAUACAUCUUUUUUUUGGCGCGGGGGAGGGGGAUUAAAUAAGAGGUGAAGCUCUCAUACUGUUUAUCUUUGAUUAGGAAACUAAGCACCGAUUUAGUGUGGUGGCUUUCGUUCCUGGCCGGGUUGGUGUGUUGCAUCAAUUCCCUGCUCCCUUGCAGAUCUGCGUUUCCCACCUGCAGCGCAGAAGGAAUGCAACAAGGUCAGGAGGCCCCUGCAAAGCCCAGCAGUUCUUGGCUUAUGACCUCACGGGAUUCUUGGAACGUUUGGACCAACUGCCUUUUGGGCCAGCAGCAGAAGUUUUGAAUGCUACUUGAGGGGGAAGCGCUGCACAACUCUGCAGCAUUGAGAAGAGGCAGCAGUUCCUCAACAUGCCUCAGGAUGGGAAGAGUCCAGGAAUGGCCUUUCCCAAGGUACCAAAGGAGGUAGAAGAAGAUGAUGAUGAUGUAGACUGGAGCAUGGGCGACCCCUUUGAGGCCUUGGAGAAACUCCAAGGUCUCUCCGACGGGGAGAAGGGGGAGAAGGCCAUGCUCCGCUCACGGCUCCAUGAGCAGUCCCAGCUGAUCUGCAUCCUCAAGAAGCGAGCGGAUGAGCAGCUCUUGCGCUGCAAGGCCCUGGAGGGGAUCAACAUGGACCUGGAGGAACAGAGGAUGGCGGAUGCUAUGCGGCUGGAGAACCAGACGCGGCGCGUGCAGCAGCUGGAAGAGCGCUUCAUGGAUCUGGCUGCCAACCACGAGGACAUGAUCCACUUCAAGGACGAGCACAAGAGGCAGAACCUGCAGCUGAGGGAAGAGAACCACCGAUUGCGCGUGGAGAACCAGAACCUCUUCUGCCAGGCUUUAGAAGAGAAAGAGGCCGAGGUGGCCCAGCUCACUUCUGAGCUUAAGAAACUCUUGGAUGAAACGAAGUCCUUAAAGGAACGUUACGAACAGGACAGCCGCCGAGCCCAAGAGCGAGAGAAGGAACUUUUGGAAGUCCACCAGCAGGAAGCCAAAUCUAAGGCCGAGGAAAUCAAGUCGCUGAGAAGCCGGCUGGGUAUCCUGGAGGAGAAACACAGCCACGUCACAGAGGAACUGCAGCAAGCGGAAAAGAAGCUAAGAGAGGUGGACUGCACCUUGCAAGCCAAGGUGGAGAAGCUGACCAAGGAGAAGGAGGAGCUGCUAAGCCUGGCGAUGGACAGAGGCAAGGUGCUGCAGGACAAGCAAAGGGAGAUUGCGGAGUUGGAGAAGAAGGCGGAAGAGAUGGAGAAAGCCAAGCAGGCGGCGGAGCUGCGCUUUGAGAUGGAGGCUGUAGCAGUGGACUGCAACCUCCGGGUGCGAGACCUGCGGAGGCGGCUGGAUGGCACCCAGCAAGCCUACACUGAGCUCCGGAUGCAUUUUGAAGCGUACAAGAAGCACAGCACAGAGUUGCUUACGAAAGAGAAAGAAUUAAAUACCAAACUCCGACAUUUCAUAGCGUAAGCCUUUGCUGUCAGCUUUGCUCCUAACAGCCCUACAGCCUUUGAGAAAAUAAAAUAAUCUUUUACCAGAUCAUUUCCCCCCCUAUUUUAGAUACCAGUUUUAAGAUAAUUUUGUUUAGAGUAGGAAGGCGACCAUUCUUAGGUUGCUGAGAUUGAGAUAUGUAUUUUUUGGAUGUAUUUUUUUCCAGUCGCCAUGGCAAAAAGCGACUAAUAAAUAUAAUAAUUAAUAG